AUGUCCAACUUAGUCAAUAUUGAGAAGGACAGGGUAACUAAUGUUAGCUCUACGGAUUUUCCAGGAUACGACAGCAAUACUGAUUAUGCAUGGGACCUUCAAAAAUUCAAAGACACUUUGGAAAUUAAAGUUGGCUACAGAACAGACCGGACGCUGAAUUUUGAUCUUAUACACAUAGAUACAUCAAUUGCCAAUGCGUUCCGUAGAAUCAUGAUCAGUGAGGUACCUUCGGUUUCUGUCGAACAUGUUUACAUUAAUAAUAACUCGUCAGUUAUCCAGGAUGAAGUUCUAGCCUCAAGAAUAGGUCUAGUACCUUUGCAGAUAGAUCCCGAUCGCCUAAGUUGGGUGGAUCGAGGCGUGGAAGAGAGUGAACGUUUCACUGACGAAAAUACAGUAGUAAUAUCACUUAAUGUCGCUUGUACCAAGAAUCCACACCCAGCAAAGAAUAACAAUGAUCCAGAAAACUUAUACAGAAACUCAAUCGUUUACUCUAGAGACCUGAAGUUUGAACCUCAGGGUCGUCAGGUGGAAACUUUUGCCGAUUCUCCGGUGGUUGCCGCUGAUCCUGAUAUUGUAAUCGCCAAACUACGACCGGGACAGGAAAUUUCAUUGAAAGCUCACUGUAUCUUAGGGUUGGGAUCAGAUCACGCCAAAUUUUCACCAGUUUGCACUGCCAGUUACAGACUGUUACCGGUAAUUAAUAUUACACAGCCCAUCACUGGUAAAGAUGCAGAAAAAUUUCAAAAAUGUUUCCCCAAAGGAGUCAUUGCCAUUGAAAAUGGCCAAGCUGUAGUCAAGGAUGCUAGAAGAGACACAGUUUCACGAGAAUGUUUGAGACACCCUGAAUUUGAAGGAAAAGUUAAGCUGGCAAGACAAAGAGAUCAUUUCAUUUUCAACGUAGAAAGCACUGGCUGUAUGCCUCCAGAAGAGAUUUUCUUCAAAAGUGUUAGAAUUUUGAAGAAUAAAGCGGAAUACCUCAAAAAUUGUCCGAUCGGGAACAUGAACUAA